AUGUCUUCAUCAGUUCGUAGAUUGAUAAUGGCGAGCAUAUCAAACACACUUUCAUUGAAGCAUGGGCUUUCACUAUGGUGUCCACAGUCAGCCCCCUUGAAUCGAAUUCAUCAGGGUUCUUGUUCAUUUCCUUCCAGAAGCUUCCGUAGAUGCUUCACUGUCUCUGCUUCCUCCUUCGCCAAUGAAAAUCGGGAGUUUGUGAUAGUAGGAGGUGGGAAUGCAGCAGGAUAUGCAGCUCGGACAUUUGUAGAGCAUGGAAUGGCUAGUGGCAAGCUUUGCAUCGUCUCCAAGGAGGCAUAUGCACCGUAUGAGCGUCCAGCAUUGACAAAAGCUUAUUUGUUCCCUUUGGAUAAAAAACCAGCUCGAUUGCCGGGUUUCCAUACUUGUGUUGGCUCAGGUGGAGAAAGGCAAACUCCUGACUGGUACAAGGAGCAAGGAAUAGAGAUGUUGUACGAAGAUCCAGUAGUCAAUGUUGAUAUUGAAAAGCAAACAUUGAAAACAAAUUCUGGAAAAUUGCUCAAAUAUGGAUCCCUCAUUAUUGCUACUGGAUGUUCAGCCUCCAGAUUUCCAGAUAAAAUUGGAGGAAACUUACCUGGUGUUCACUAUAUCCGGGAUGUUGCAGAUGCUGAUUCACUGAUAUCCUCAUUGGAGAAAGCAAAAAAAGUCGUGGUUGUUGGUGGUGGUUAUAUCGGCAUGGAAGUCGCAGCAGCAACUAGUGGUUGGAAACUUGAUACCACUGUGAUAUUUCCAGAAGAUCAUCUUAUGCCAAGAUUGUUCACUCCAUCACUUGGCCAAAAGUAUGAAAAGCUAUACCAAGAUUAUGGUGUCAAAUUUGUCAAGGGCACUUCCAUAAAGAAUUUAGAAGCUGGUUCUGAUGGACAUGUGUCUGGUGUUAAACUCGAGAAUGGAUCCACCAUUGAAGCAGACACGGUUGUCAUUGGAAUUGGUGCAAAACCUGCUGUGGGUCCCUUUGAAAAGAUAGGCUUGAAUAGCACCGUGGGAGGAAUACAGGUUGAUGGCCAGUUUAGAACGGGCAUACCUGGAAUUUUUGCUAUCGGAGAUGUUGCGGCAUUCCCCUUAAAGAUUUACAACCGAAUUUCAAGGGUUGAGCACGUUGAUCAUGCUCGUCGAUCUGCUCAGCAUUGUGUUAAAUCACUACUAACUGCACAUACGGCCACGUAUGAUUAUCUCCCAUAUUUUUACUCGAGGGUUUUUGAGUAUGAAGGGAGCCCAAGAAAAGUCUGGUGGCAGUUCUUCGGAGAUAAUGUUGGAGAGACUGUUGAAAUUGGAAAUUUUGAUCCAAAAGUUGCAACUUUCUGGAUUGACUCUGGUAUACUAAAGGGAGUUCUUCUUGAAAGUGGAACUGCGGAGGAAUUCCAACUGCUCCCUAAACUCGCAAGGAACCAGCCUUCAGUCGACAAAGCCAAACUUCAGAAUGCAUCUUCAGUCGAGGAGGCACUAGAAAUUGCUCGAGCUUCAUUACAGGUUGGAGCUGCAGCUUAG